AUGUCCGUCGUAGGACGAUAUUUCUCCCUAUUCCUCCUGGCGUUUGGGCCAAUCGCGUCCUCCAUAACGUUGGUAUGGGUCAGCAACAGCAUUCCACGUCCUCCAAGCAAGCGUGCUGCCAGCAUUGGCGUUGUGAACGGGUUUGGAAAUAUCGGAAAUCUCACUAGUUCGUUUGUCUGGAAAGCUAGCUGGGGUCCAGAAUACCAACCGACAUUCAUCAUCGGGAUAUGCUCAAUUUCAGCUGCAAUCCUCCUCGCGUUCAUAAUGCGCACAAUAUUGAUACGAGAAAACCACCAAUUAGACCUCCAUGAAGUGGGUGCCUUGAAGCAAGCAAGACACGAGCGCGUCCAACAGGCAGCCAGACUAGAAGGAAUUACCCUCGAGGAGGCUAUGCAUAAGAAACGAGGCUUCCGUUACUUGUACUGA